CUCCCCUCCCCUCCCCUCCCAUCCACCGGGUCGUGUCGCCGACGAAGCAGCGGGCGACGGGCGACGGCCCCGGAGGCGAGCUAACCUACCUCGGGCGAGGCGUACCCUCGUCUCUAGGGCUCCCUUCCAGGGGAAAGGACAAGACAAGUCACGCAACAACAGAAAAAAUCCUGUCCUAGUUUAAAUGGCUUCAAAGCUUCAAGCCUUUUGGAACCAUCCUGCUGGCCCAAAAACCAUUCAUUUUUGGGCUCCAACAUUUAAAUGGGGUAUCAGUAUUGCCAAUAUUGCAGACUUUGCUAAGCCACCUGAAAAGAUAUCCUAUCCACAGCAAGUUGCUGUCGCUUGCACUGGAGUCAUUUGGUCGCGCUACAGUAUGGUUAUAACACCAAAAAACUGGAAUCUCUUCAGUGUUAAUGUUGCAAUGGCUGGCACAGGCUUGUAUCAGCUUUCUCGUAAAAUAAGGAAGGAUUACUUUUCUGAUCAGAAGGAUGAUGUUGCAUCUUUGGAAGGAUAAUGAUGACUGACUGGCUGAAAAAUCGUACAACCUUUGAACAAUACUCAACUCUGGAUUGCAGAGGCGCAUCGUUUUAUCCAAGACAGGAACCCGUCGUUUGUUUCCAUGUUUCUCUUGCACCCAUUUGCGGAUCAAUUUGUAAUGUUACAUCCGAAAAGUCAAAUAAUCUUUUUGGCAUUUUGUGCGAAUAAAUGUGCAAAUACAUCAAGUAGUCUCUUCUUUUUA